GCUGAAGUUACCGUUAGGACCUGAGGUUUGAAGAAUGCCGAAGAUCGCCGACGUCAAAUCCAGAUCAAGAUCGAAGAGGAAGCCUCUCAGAGACGUCUCCAAUGGCGGUUUUAAACCUUCCCAUGGUAAUUCCGUAUUGAAGAAACCUAAUCCCGAUACCAAACAACAAGAUCCGGUAACCACUUGCGGCGGCGAUCCACUCGAUCGACUUCUCCUCGUUCACUCCGAUCUAUCUGCCCUCAUUCAUCAGAUCGAUGAACUCGUAGUACAAGCAUUGGAACAAAAAGUUAGGAACAAGAAGGAAAUCGAAUCUUUUGCUCAAGUAUUGUACGAGAUGCAAACUUCACUAAAGCCAUGGAUUUCAAGAUUCAAGAAAGUUUAUUCCACCCAUACUACAGGAUCUGAGAAUCAAUUUGGAACGAGUUUAAUGAGUAAGAAGAUAACCCCUUCCAUAAACGAGGACACAAACAAAGCUCUUGAUAGCCCAGAUAUAUACAAGCUUGAUGAUUUCUUGGUCUCUCCAUCGCCCCUGGUGUCUUGGCGUGCCGACGGUGCUGCAGAGGGUGGUAGAAACCUUUUUCUGUUAACACCUCUGCCUAGACCUACAGCAUUCUCAUCCAAACUAAAGGAAUCAUCUAAGCUGGUAUUCGAGAAGAUAACCAAUGACGUUACUGUUGGGCCAGUGGCUCAAAAAUUGAAUAAUGGCAUAGAAGUAAAGCCGAUGCUUUCUGAUCCUGUUGCCACUGAUGUGAAAAGCACCGUGGCACUUGAGUUUUCUUCUCCUGAAAAGAUGGUAAGGAGGAAUGAUUCUCUGGUUGUUUCUACUCCUUACCUGAAAAUGUCACCACCAAAGUCUUGUAUAUUGUUGGAACCUGCUUCUGAGUACUGCAAGAAGACCAUUAUCGGCACUAAAAUCCCAACCAUGGCUCCUGUUGGUGGUGGUCGGUCUGGAGAUUCUGAACCCUCUAGCAGUCAACCUUCUGGACAUUUGGCUAUGAAAUACCCAGAGAUUUUUGGAAUUAGGCCCAUUACUAAACUAAGAAAUGCAAGAAAAGCGGUGGAAGCUUCACCAAAUUGGUGUAUGUCACCACCCAAGACUUGCAUUCUGCUGGAGCCAAGUGAUGAUGGUGUCAUCCAAGAUGUUCAAACAAACUUGGCCAAUGUGGGUGGUAUUCAAAGUGUUGUUUCACGCAAUGAAGUUAUUGAUAACACUCCAAUGUGUAAGGAUCUUGACACCACGGUUCUAAGAGGGAGGCGGGCCGGUGAGAACACUUUAAAGAGAGAAUUGUGGAUGAGAUUUGAAGCAGCAACCGCUGACGUUACAGUUGAGCAAGAGAUUCCGAAGUGUCAUAUUAACAAAGGGUUUAUGGACUUGUUGGAAGAGGUCUCUUUGGAUGACACAAACUCCAUUCUUUGACCAUAGCUUGCAAAUGGAAAAUAUGUAAGCAUUUGGAUGCACUUCCAACUCUUUUCUCUAAAGGUUGAAAUUAAGUUGUGAUUUUGAUCUCUCAUUUAAAACUUAGGAUUCUAAACUUGUGAUAGGUUU